UCAGAGUAGUCGUUGGCGGGAGCCUUAUCCAUUUUCCCCAUGAGUAAUACACUCUCUAUCCCCUAGCUCGGUUGAACAGGGAGAAACGAAAAUGGCGAAUAUCCUUCGUCCCCUUCCUCAUCUGCCCCUCAAAUUUCUCAAUCCUGUAUCUUACUCCUCUUACUCAAUUCCUCGUCGCACGACUGUUUUAGUUUCGGCGAUUUCUUCGCCGGAAAAGACUAGCCGGAGGAAGAAGAAGCAGCAGUCUCCGCAUCAGACGAGCCACGAUGGCAGUGCGGCCGCCUCUUUUGCGGUAGCUUCGAGUGCUGAAAAGUCGUUGAGAUUUGUGUUCAUGGAGGAAUUAAUGGAGCGAGCUCGGAAUCGAGAUGUUGCCGGAGUUUCAGAGGUCAUUUACGAUAUGAUAGCCGCAGGGCUAUCUCCAGGUCCUCGUUCUUUCCAUGGUCUGGUUAUUUCUCACGUCCUUUCCAACGAUGAAACUGGCGGCAUGCAUGCAUUGAGAAGGGAAUUAAGUGAAGGUCUUCGGCCUCUUCAUGAAACAUUUGUAGCAUUAAUUCGAUUAUUUGGUUCCAAAGGUCACUCUUUCAGAGGUCUGGAAAUCCUUUCAGCAAUGGAAAAGCUGCAUUUUGACAUCCGACAAGCUUGGUUGAUUCUUAUAGAGGAGCUUGUUAGAAAUAAUUACCUUGAGGAUGCGAAUAAAGUAUUUCUGAAGGGUGCUGGGGGUGGGCUAAAAGCUACGGACAAAAUCUACGACCUUUUAAUUGAAGAGGACUGCAAAGCUGGAGAUCACUCAAAUGCAUUGACCAUAGCUUAUGAAAUGGAAGCUGCUGGUAGAUUGGCAACCACAUAUCAUUUUAAUUGUCUCCUAAGUGUCCAGGCUACUUGCGGAAUUCCUGAAAUCGCCUUAGCAACUUUUGAAAAUAUGGAAUACGGUGAAGCAUACAUGAAACCAGAUACGGAAACAUAUAACUGGGUGAUCCAAGCAUAUACAAGAGCUGAAUCUUAUGACAGGGUGCAAGAUGUUGCAGAAUUACUUGGCAUGAUGGUUGAAGACCACAAGAGGUUGCAACCUAAUGUAAGAACAUAUGCAUUACUCGUAGAGUGCUUUACCAAAUAUUGCGUGACUAGGGAAGCUAUUAGGCAUUUUCGCGCUCUUAAAAACAUUGAAGGGGGCACAAAAGUUUUGUAUAAUGAGGGGAAAUAUGGUGAUCCUCUUUCUCUGUACCUUAGAGCACUGUGCCGAGAAGGAAGGGUAGUCGAGUUGCUCGAGGCUCUAGAAGCUAUGGCAAAAGAUAAUCAACCAAUUCCACCCAGAGCGAUGAUUACAAACAGGAAAUAUCGUACUUUAGUUAGCUCUUGGAUUGAACCUCUACAUGAAGAAGCUGAUCUUGGUUAUGAAAUAGAUUACAUUGCCAGGUAUGUUGCUGAAGGCGGCCUUACAGGUGAGCGUAAGAGGUGGGUUCCAAGAAGAGGAAAAGAACCUUUGGAUCCAGAUGCUGUAGGAUAUAUCUAUAACCAUCCUAUAGAAGCCUCUUUUAAGCAAAGAUGUCUUGAUGAGUGGAAAAUUCAUCACCGAAAACUUUUAAGAACUUUGCGCUAUGAAGGACCUUUAGUCUUGGGAAAUGUUUCAGAAUUUGAAUAUAUUCGGGUUGUGGAGAGAUUAAAGAAAAUUCUUAAAGGUCCUGAUCAAAAUGUUCUUAAGCCUAAGGCAGCUAGCAAAAUGAUAGUUUCUCAGCUUAAGGAAGAGCUAGAAGCACAGGGAUUGCCUAUAGAUGGGACACGCAAUGUGCUUUAUCAACGUGUCCAAAAAGCAAGAAGAAUUAACAGGUCAAGAGGUCGGCCUCUUUGGGUACCUCCAGUUGAACAGGAGGAAGAAGAGGUAGAUGAAGAGCUGGAAGAAUUAAUAUCAAGAAUCAAACUCCAUGAAGGUGAUACAGAAUUUUGGAGACGACGUUUUCUUGGGGAGGGAUUAGACAAGGAUCAAGCAGAUCUCCUGAAUUCAGCCAAUUUAGAAGAUGCAGAUGAUAUGGAUGAUAUGGAUGAUGUUAUUGACGUUGAAGAUGUUGCAAAAGAGGGUGAAGAUGAAGAAGUAGAGGUUGAAGAAGAGGAUGAAGUGGAGCAAACUGAAAUCCAGGUGGAUGACAGGGUCAAGGAGAAGGAGGAAGUAUCUGCAAAACCACUUCAAAUGAUUGGAGUCCAAUUGUUGAAAGAUUCCGUUGCAACAUCACGAAAAUCGAGAAGAAGAGCUUCUCGAGCAUCAGCUGAUAAUGAUGAUGAUGAGGAUUGGUUGCCAGAGGAUUCACAGGAGGCUUUUAAAGAGUUAAGAGUAAGGAAAAUAUUUGAUGUAUCUGACAUGUAUACAAUUUCUGAUGCCUGGGGCUGGACUUGGGAAAAAGAUUUCAAGAACAAAGCUCCAAGGAGAUGGUCACAAGAAUGGGAAGUUGAGAUGGGUAUACAAGUAAUGCUGAAGGUGAUAGAGCUUGGUGGCAUUCCGACUAUAGGAGAUUGUGCUAUGAUUCUACGUGCAGCUAUUAGAGCUCCCAUGCCUUCAGCUCUUCUCAAGAUUCUGAAUACAACACACAGUCUUGGAUAUGUUUUUGGCAGUCCCCUAUAUGAUGAGAUGAUCACAUUGUGCCUUGAUCUCGGGGAGCUUGAUGCUGCUGUUGGUAUAGUUGCGGAUCUAGAAACAAGUGGAAUUGUAGUUCCAGAUCAAACCUUAGAUAGGGUUAUCUCUGCUAGACAAAUAACCGACACCACCAACACAGUUGAUCUAUAGUGUGUGAUCACCACAAAUCUACUCUUCUUUUUGUCGCGGUUAGGGUUGAAGAGCUAGCUAGGGUAUGUUUAAACCGACCAAUGCAAUUUUGGGGAUUUGAAGCUGUAAUUUUCACUAUUAUGAUUAUUAAUGUUUGAAUUGGAGUUCAUGA